GCAGCCUGUGAGCGUCUCUCGGUGACGCGCUGUGACUUCACACGGAGGCUGGAGGAAGACGCCGCCGCUCCGAGCUGCUCUCUCUCCGUCCCCCUUCUCUCUCAGCGGCCGUCGGUGCAGCAGAAAGCCGUAAGGGAUGCAGCACAUGGGCGCGUAUGGCGCCGGGAAGGCCGGGAGCGUCAGCUUCGAUCCGGCCGCGUUCUUUACGCAUCCCCGCACCAUCCUCAGGGUGAUGUCGUGGGUUUUCUCCAUAGUGGUGUUCGGCUGCAUAGUGAACGAGGGCUACAUUAACAUCGGCAGCGAGCGUUUGCUCUGUGUCUUCAACAACAACGCUGAUGCCUGUAACUACGGCAUUACCAUUGGCGUGGCCUGUUUCCUCGGCAGCAUCUUUUUCCUGAUCCUGGAUUAUUACUUUCCCUCCAUCAGCAGCGUCAAGGACAGAAAACGUGCUGUCCUGCUGGACCUCAUCUUCUCUGGUCUCGCCAGCUUCCUGUGGUUUGUUGGCUUCUGCUUUCUGGCCAAUCAGUGGCAGGCGACCUCUGCAGACGAGCUGCCAUUGGCUCAGGGCUCCGACGCUGCCAGAGCCACCAUCACUUUCUGCUUCUUCUCCAUCCUUUCCUGGGCUGUGCUGACGCUGAGUGCCCUGCGUCGCUUCCUAACUGGUAGCAGUCAAAACUUGUUCACAUGGCAGCACCUGGACCCCGCCCCCAGCAACGCUCGGGCCACGCCGUACCCCAUCGCCAAUGGAGCUACCAUAGUUACCACCAACCCCUAUCAAGCCCCGCCCUUCACUGAAACCCUGGACCCGAAGAAGCUCACACAACAGAGACCCAUGGCUCCAGCCUUCUAGAGACAGACAGACAGACAAAAAGACAGACAGACAGAGGAGGCUCGAGAUCAACACUGAAAACAAAGCAGGCUUGGACUACUUCCUGCCUCGCUAGUUAGCAGUUUUCCCUCCUCUCUUGGGAACGGAGGGAAAUUCGGGUCACGUGAUGAAUGUUCUAUUUUCACCAUGGCAACUGCUGGCUCCGCUUAGUUAGUUGUGUCUCUGUUGUGUCGAGAAUAACUGUCUUCAGCUCAUGUACACUCAGUCACUCACGCACACGGAAGGAAAUCAGCGCACCUAAACACAGCUGUACUCUCACACACACCUGAAACACAUGUAUAUACACCUGGAAGAACACACACACACACUCACACACACACACACACACACAAACACACAAAUGCACAUCUUGACUGCAUGUUCAUCCGGUGAAGUGCAGGUUAACAUAGACGUAGAUCAGUGAUGAAGCUCCAUCUGCCUUAGAAAUGAGUCUUUAGUGAAGGAAAAGCGAAGGGUGGAGCGCUGCAGCUCUUUUUAUCUGCUUGUUUGCCCUCAGUCGGCUUGACCAAUCACAAGCUUGCAUUUUGCAGACCUGUGGCCUCUCAUUGGCUAAAAUUGUGACUGACAGGCAGCUUGACCAGUAGAAUGUGAGGUAACGAGGCGCAAGACAUUUUGGUACAUUUUCUUAGUAAGGAAAUAAAGGCAGGACAGCUUAAUGCAUUCUGGAUGCUGUAGUGUUUCAGUGUGAAAUAUUCAUGUGAUUAAAUAUUUUAUUGUGAUAUGCUGAAGUGGCAAAAUGAAAAAUGAAAAAUAAAAUCUAUCCACCAUCACAACCACCGCCUACACCAGA